GUCACUUGUCAAUAAACACGUUAGCCGUCAUUUUUAACAGCUGAUCCAUCUAAACUGUAAACAAAUCACACGUUUCCCUCAAGUUUGUUUAAAAUUUAAUAAGAAUCUUCCAAUUCCAUCAUGUCAACCAGAUGGUAUCCGAUAUAUCAAAAAGGGGGUCCUCAACUAAGGGUGUUUCUCCCCAAUUUCUGGAUGAAACUAGUAAGGCCGACCGAGCGACAGCCUCCCAACAUAGUGCAAUUCUCCUGCUCUAUGGAAAUGACCCGAUAUGACAUUCGAAAUUAUUUAGAGAAAAUUUAUAAUGUAAAAACAGUGGACAUACGAACGAGGAUAGCAUUGGGUAAAACCAGGAGAGACCAUAAAAAAGGGAAUAUUAUUAAAGAUGACGACAUUAAAUAUGCUUAUGUAACAUUGCCCAAGGGGGAGGAAUUUACCUUCCCAGAUGUUUUUCCAAAGAGGGAUGAAGAGAAACAGGAAUAUGAAAAUUCAUUAAAACAGUCUAAGGAAGGUUUUCGGGAUUACUUGGACAAGAAUAAGAAUAGGCCAGGGAUGCCCGGGUGGUUUACCAUUUAGUUAUUUUUUAAGUUAGGUAGGGUAAUGUAGAAAUAAAUUGAUUAUAAAACCUU